CAAUCCUCAACUUUCCCCCUCCAAAAUUUCAGCUUCCAACCUCCAAGAUCUUCGAAAAUCUUUCUUUGGAACACGGAAAUUGCUUUGAAGGGACACAAAUUCUUAUCUGUAACAGAAAGAUAAGGGAAUGGAGUUUCAGCACAGCAAGCACGAGUCGUGGUCGGAGACAGAGAGCGCCGGCAGCACGAGGCUCGGCUACAGCGGUCCACUGAGCGGGCCGUUGGUGACGAACAACAGUCGAAACAGCAGCCGGAAGAAGAGUGCGAGGAUCAAGGAAGGCGAUCAGGACUACGUCGAGAUCACGCUUGACAUCCGCGAUGACGCUGUUUCCGUGCAGAACAUCAGGGGCGGCGAUCAGGAGACGGCAAUGCUGGCGAGCAGGCUGGAGAAGAAGACUCUCGGAUCCUUACUUUCCUUCCGGUUGCGCCAGUUCUCCGGUGAGCUGAAGCAGUUGGCAACGCCGUCUAGGAGGUUCAACAAGAUCGACCGGAGUAAGUCCGGCGCCGCCCGCGCCCUCCAGGGCCUCAAGUUCAUUACCAGGAACAAUGUCGGAGGCGAAGGCUGGUCCGAAGUCGAGAAACGUUUCGAUGAUUUGUCCGUCAAUGGAACCCUCCCAAAAACGCGUUUCGGACAAUGUAUAGGAAUGAAUGAGUCGAGUGAGUUUGCGAAUGUGUUGUUUGAUGCAUUGGCUCGUAGAAGAGGCAUAACAUCAACAACAAUUAACAAAGCGGAGCUUGGAGAGUUCUGGGUGCAGAUCACAGAUCAAAGUUUUGAUGCUAGGCUUCAGACCUUCUUUGACAUGGUGGACAGAGAUGCAGAUGGAAGGAUUAAUGAGGAAGAGGUGAAAGAGAUUAUUGCUUUAAGUGCUUCUGCUAAUAAGCUGUCAAAAAUCCAAGACUCUUCUGAGGAAUAUGCAGCUCUAAUCAUGGAAGAACUGGACCGAGACAACCUUGGAUACAUUGAGUUGUACAAUCUAGAAAUGCUGCUUCUUCAAGCACCAAAUCAAUCAGCCAACUUGAUGACAGACAGUCGAGUCCUAAGCCGACUUCUGAGUGAAAAACUGGUACCAACAAAAGAGAGAAACCCCAUCAAGAAAUGCUACAAUGGCCUUGCCUACUUCUUUGAGGAUAACUGGAAAAGAAUUUGGGUCUUGGCCCUUUGGAUCUUAAUCUGUGCGGGCCUGUUCACUUGGAAAUUCAUCCAGUACAAACACCGGGCCGUUUUUCAUGUAAUGGGCUAUUGUGUUACCGUAGCAAAAGGUGGAGCUGAGACCACCAAGCUCAACAUGGCCCUCAUCCUUCUUCCUGUAUGUAGAAAUACCAUCACUUGGCUUAGGAGCAAAACCAAACUUGGACUAGUUGUUCCAUUUGAUGACAACAUCAACUUCCACAAGGUGAUUGCUUUGGGUAUAGCAAUUGGAGUUGGGUUGCAUGCCGGGGCACAUCUUACAUGUGACUUCCCUAGGCUGCUUCAUGCCACUGACGAAGAAUAUGAACCAAUGAAGCAAUUCUUUGGGCAGAAUCGUCCAAACAACUACUGGUGGUUCGUGAAGGGAACAGAGGGGUGGACCGGCGUGAUCAUGGUGGUGCUGAUGGCGGUGGCAUACAUACUAGCUCAGCCUUGGUUCCGUAGGAACCGUGUAAACCUCCCCAAAACCCUCAAGAAACUUACCGGAUUCAAUGCCUUUUGGUACUCCCACCAUUUGUUUAUCAUUGUUUAUGCACUCUUCAUCGUCCAUGGAUACUCUCUCUACCUCCUCAAGAAAUGGUACAAAAAGACGACAUGGAUGUAUUUAGCAAUUCCAAUCCUCUUAUAUGCGUGUGAACGUUUGAUUCGAGUUUUUAGAUCCGGCUAUAAGGCAGUAAAGAUUUUAAAGGUGGCUGUGUACCCUGGAAAUGUACUCUCCUUGCAUAUGUCUAAGCCUCAAGGAUUCAAAUACACAAGUGGGCAGUACAUAUUUGUGAAUUGUUCAGAAGUCUCUCCAUUUCAAUGGCAUCCAUUCUCCAUUACCUCAGCUCCAGGAGAUGAUUAUCUGAGCAUUCAUAUUCGAACAUUAGGCGACUGGACAGCACAGCUCAAAACCCUCUUUGCUAAGGCAUGUCAGCCUCCAUCUGUUGAUCAAAGUGGCCUCCUAAGAGCUGACGUUGGACAAGGCGAUAACAUGCCUAGGUUACCAAAACUCUUAAUUGAUGGAGCUUAUGGAGCACCAGCACAGGACUACAAGAACUAUGAAGUACUGCUCCUUGUGGGGCUAGGCAUUGGUGCCACACCCCUGAUUAGCAUAGUAAAGGAUGUCCUUAACAACAUCAAGCAAAAGAAAGAGAUUGAGGAAGGUGUCACAGAGAGUGCUGGUAAGGGCAACAGAAAAAAGCCUUUUGUCACCCAACGUGCUUAUUUCUACUGGGUCACUCGCGAGCAGGGCUCGUUUGAGUGGUUCAGGGGAGUGAUGAACGAGGUAGCAGAGUAUGACCGGGACCGGAUGAUUGAGCUUCACAAUUACUGCACUAGUGUGUAUGAAGAAGGGGAUGCUAGGUCAGCCCUGAUCACAAUGCUUCAGUCUCUGCAUCAUGCCAAGAAUGGGGUGGAUAUUGUUUCUGGCACCCAGGUUAAAACCCAUUUCGCUAGACCAAAUUGGCACAAAGUCUACAAGCAUGUAGCUGUUAAUCACACUAAACAGAGAGUUGGAGUGUUUUACUGUGGAGCACCUGGACUAACAGGGGAAUUAAGAAGACUGGCUAAAGAUUUUUCCAGGAAAACAAGCACCAAGUUUGAUUUCCACAAGGAGAACUUUUAAAAAUUUUUCUAUCUACUAUGCUUAUUUUUUAUUUUUUUUGAACUUUUUGGCAUAGGGUGGGUUCGAAACCGCCGAAAAGAAGAGAAAAUGCACUUUUCAAUGGCUAGUGCCAUUAAUCUUUGGGACCAAGUGCAUUUUUUAUUCUUUUUACUUUGAAAGAAAUGUAAUAUUAUAUAUAACUCUUGUGUUGCAUACUUAAAGUAAAUCUUUUUUUUUUAA